CAGGCACAACAUCUGUCUGACUGGGAAUAUUUCCCCUCUAUAGAGGAACGUAACCAUCUGUUCCUGUCCCGGGCGGCAAAUUCAGAGGGCGUCAAAUUCAAACUUGGCAGACGAAUACAUAACUCAUCAUUAAUGCAACUUUUACUACUGAGACAUACAGUACAUUCAAUACUAAAAUUAUUUCCCGCGGGGCGCAAAAAGAUGAUGAAGAUGUGGAAUGUAUGUCUAAUGUCACUGUCAUUGACUUAGUAAUAAACUAGCUACGGAACAGUACGGUUGUUUUAUUGCGUGUGACGUAUCAAUUGGCGACGAGGACGAACUACCCACGCAUUUUGCAAAAUGUCGAAUUAUAUCGGGAAUUUAAGUGUUUUCGAUCAUAAAAUUCACGAUUGGGACGUUUUCAAAGGACAAUUGACGCAUUUUAUUGUGUUAAAUAAUAUCCCAGACGGCCACAAAAGUGCAGUGUUGUUGACCAACUUAUCGGAAGAAUCUUACCGUCUAAUUAGAAACCUCGUUUAUCCUAAGAAGCUUGAAGAAAGUACAUAUAAUGAGCUAGUGAAAUUACUCGAUGGACAUUUUACGCCGAAAAAGUCUACGUUCGUUGAUAGGGCAAAAUUCUAUGAGGCGAUCAAGUCCGACGGUGAAAGCAUCGAGGAAUGGGCUGCACGGCUGCGAGGGUUAGCCGUGUAUUGCGAAUUUGGCACUGAAUUGGACACGCUCCUCCGUGACCGGUUCGUGCUAGGCUUCGGGUUAGGCCCAGAACGUGAUAGACUUUUUGAGUGUGACUCAGGGAAGCUGACAUUCGGAGAGGCGUUGCAAGUCGCCCAAAAAGCGUCGGCAGCUCGCGCGGCGCGAUCUACUGGCAUCGCUACCGGCAUUACAACCAUCAAGGACGAGCCCGUAUUCCACGCGGGUAGGACAACGCGCGCCGGCGACGGCCGCGCCGGUGGGAGCGCGAUCCAACGCGGUCAUGGAGCUGGUGACGUCGAAUUCCGUUGCACAGUGUGCGGCUUAAAGAAUCAUAAUGCGCGAGAUUGUAGAUUUAAAAAUUAUAAGUGUUUAAAAUGUGGGCAAAAAGGCCAUUUAAAAAAGCUAUGUGAUGUUUCAAAGUGUAACUUAAAUAACUUUGUUACGGAAAAUGUUCAGCCUACUCAAGAAAAUGACUGUAAGGAAUGUGAACUCUUUAGUAUAAGAUUUCCAAAUUAAUGUUGGAGGAAUGGAAUGUAUGUCUAAUGUCACUGUCAUUGACUUAGUAAUAAACUAGCUACGGAACA